UAGAUAGAAAGGACUCAAACAGCCCUACAUUACCCCUUGCAGCUGAACGAAGACGCUAAUGUAACUAUAGCAACAUGCUUCACAUACAAAGCUGGUUACCUUAAUACUGGAUCAAUUGUGUUAUUUGUGAUCAAACAGAGGUAUAUUGCUUAGAUCCAAAUUCCCAUCUAUUAUCACAUCAAUUACGUGGAAUUAUAAUACCAGAACCAACCAAACAUGAGUGAGUUGAAUUCAAUAAGUUCUAUGGAACCGGACACCACCGAAACGAUUCAGGACAUCGCUAUGAAAUUGGUAACAGAGCACAUGAAACAAGAAUCCAGCCUAACCGGCGGACCCACUGAACGUACCAUUUUCGUUCUCGGCAGCAAAGGAGCUGGUAAAUCAACUCUCAUCAACCGGUUCCUGGAUCGAGACGAUAUCACUCGUCCCACGUUGGCGUUGGAGUACUCCUUCGGACGUCGCACUGCCUCCGGACAGGGAGCACAGAAAAACAUCUGCAAUGUUUGGGAACUGGGCAGCUUGGUCAAUUCCAACCAACUGAUAGAAGUCCCAGUUCGAUCACAUGGCCUGGCGGCUUUUGCAGCCGUGAUUGUUCUAGACCUAUCCCAGCCAGAUAGGCUGUGGACCGAUUUGCAGUGCAUUCUAAAUGGUUUGAAGCAAGCAAUCAGUAAGAACUGUUCGCCUAAGGAAGUGUCCGAAAUGCAGGAACGAAUGAAGCAGAAAGUAGGAUUGGAUCACGAGGAUUUGAACACGCUUGAAAUUCUUCCAUUUCCGGUUAUCAUUGUGGGAGGAAAGUACGAUGCUUUUCAAAAUGUUGAUUCGGAAAUCAAGAAACACGUGUGCCGUUGUCUAAGGUCGAUCUCCCAUGCGAUAGGGGCUGCACUGAUAUUCUACACUUCCAAGAACGCAUCACUUUCUAAGAUGAUUAGAGAUGCAAUGAACCAUCUAGGGUUUGGUAGCCCUUCAAACCCAUUCAAAGCAACGGCACUAGAUCAUAAUGGGCCCAUAGUGGUUCCAUUUGGAGGGGAUUCCUGGGAGAAGAUUGGUGUCACCCCCACCAAUUCGGAACGCAUUGGGAUGAGCUAUAGUGCUCAGAUUCCCCAAGUUGGAACGGAGAAGGUAUCCAUUCCUGACGAUCCGGCGAAAGAUGGCGGAUUUAAGGAACGCGUGAUUGACGAACUCAGAGCGCAAAAAGAUGACGAGCUAAUGAGAUUACUCAAGGAUACAGAAAUGCGAAUGAAAUUUGAGGCGGUGCAAUAGUAAUACAUAGUGCAUAAAAUAUCAGCGCAAAUAAAGAUACCUACUGCCUAA